AUGUGGUCACAGUUAUUGCUUCACUUGCUUUCCACCCGACCCUUCGACAUUACGAGGUCCUGCUCAAGUUACGAAUCCUAUACCGAACCGACUGUAGAGCGCAGUGAACAAGAACGGGAACGCAACCUUCAAAGCUGUUAUCAAAUAUUACUCGACCAGUGCGAAAGACUUCGAAUUCGUUAUCAGGAACUACGCCAUCACGCUGCAGAACUGGAACUUCACGCCUCCGGUUCUAGUCAGAGUACAGCCACUGGACCUUCAGCAGCAGCAACUUCCUUUCAUAUCAAUAGCGAAGUUCCUCUUCCUCCACCAUCUACUACUGUCACUCCAGCUCUUUCUACCGUUUCUUUUGCUCCCCUUGUUGAACCGUCCACUAGUACCAGCAGCCGGACGAGUCCUCUCCCUCCGCCCGCUUCCAACUCUUCCGUUGAAGCGUCUCUAUUGAACGCCAGCGACAGUUUCUGUCGCACGCAGAUGAAUGCGGCCGAGAAACUGCGUUCAUCCCUCACCAAUAGCGGUCGCACUCUAAACACCAACCAAUCGCAGUCGUCUGGAACGGGAAAAACCCUACGCAAUAACAAAAAAAUUUCAGCCUUCUCACUUCUUUUUCCGCGCGUUCUAGUAACAAGACAUGUUUCAUACGUACCUACAAUUCUUUUCACGUAAGUCAUAACUCAUAACUCGCCCAAAUCGUCACAGUUCAUCUCCCAAAUCGUCACAAAUCCUCUAUUCCGGCUUGUGACUGUUUGUAAAUAUCCUUCUAAAAAGAAGUCUAAACAAUCCUCCUCCCCCCUCGGACCAUGACGUGAUUGACGUCAUACGUGAACUGUCUUAUCACCAUGUUACAAUCACUUCCCAUUCCAAGUAGACCUAAGUUACUCCCUUAGACGUUGGCGAAAAAAAAACACACAUUUCAAAAGAGAAUUUGUUUUCAAGGCUCAUGAGUAUAAAUUCAUUAUUAUGAAGGAGAAAGUUGCGUGAUUGUUACAAAUCAAUUUUGUAGCAGUAAUACUUAUUAAAUUAUUCCACUGAUUAUUACAACAAACAAUACAUUGGCAAAAUUAAGAAAAGCCAGAAAUUUUAAUUAUUGUCACAUAAAAUAAAACAGCUGCAGCAUUUUUAUCAUAAAACAUCUUAAUGCUUGUUAGGAAUAUGAAAAAAUAGACGCUGCUAUAUAGCUAUGGUUGAAUAUAAAUGUAAAAAAAUGAAUGAAUAAAAAUAAAAGAUCAAAGAAAUUUAAAUUUCCUGUCCGAAACGGAUAAUUUAU